GUUGCUUUCUUUCUUUUCCAGGCUUCUUCUUUGCCUCUGAGCUCCCAGGAGGAUGAGCCAGCAGAAUGGGGAGCAGUCCAAUCUGUCUCAUUUGCUCUUUGACACGUUUCUCCAUGCCAAGCAGUGCAAAGAGGUGCUGGGAAGUUUUGAGGCGCUUUGCAGACACCUGGGACUGGAGCAUACUGGCCAGCUCCAGUUCUAUCACAAACUCAAGUCUUGCCUCAACUACUGGAGUGCCAAGGCUUUGUGGACCAAGCUAGACAAGAAGGCCGGGCACAAAGACUAUGAUCAGGGGACAGCAUGCGCCAACACCAAGUGCCUGAUUAUCGGGGCAGGCCCUUGUGGCCUCCGCUCGGCGAUUGAACUGGCCUUCCUUGGUGCCCACGUGGCGGUGGUGGAGAAGAGAGACUCCUUUUCCCGGAACAAUGUGCUGCACCUUUGGCCUUUCAGCAUCCAAGACCUGCGGGCUCUGGGAGCUAAGAAAUUCUAUGGCCACUUCUGCACAGGAUCCUUGGAUCACAUCAGCAUCCGCCAGCUGCAGCUGAUCCUGCUGAAAGUUGCCUUACUCUUGGGGGUUCAGGUUCACAUCAAUGUGCAGUUUAAGGGGCUCAUUCCACCUGCAGCAAAUUCAGAUGGAAGAGCCAGUGGCUGGAGAGCCAUCCUACAUCCUCCUUCGUCUCCCCUGAACCAGUGUGAAUUUGAUGUCCUCAUCUCUGCCGGCGGUGGCAGGUUUGUGCCAGAAGGCUUUAAGCGGAAGGAGACCCGUGGGAAAUUGGCCAUUGGCAUCACCACCAACUUCGUUAAUCACCACAGCAGGGCUGAGGUGGAGGUGGCCGAGAUCAGCGGAGUGGCUCGCAUCUACAACCAGAAAUUCUUCCAAAACCUCUACAACAAAACAGGCAUUGACUUGGAAAACAUUGUCUACUAUAAAGACGACACUCACUACUUCGUCAUGACAGCCAAGAAGCAGAGCCUGCUGAAAAAAGGAGUUAUCUUAAAUGACAAGUCAGACAUAGAGAGCCUGCUGUCUCCAGAGAAUGUGAACCAAGAAGCUCUUCUUGCUUAUGCCAAGGAAGCUGCCAACUUCUCCACCAAUUACCAGCUGCCUGAUUUGCAGUUUGCACUGAACCACCGCAGCCACCCAGAUGUUGACAUGUUUGACUUCACCUGCAUGAGCCGCUCAGACAACGCAGCUCUGGUGCGUGACUGCAAUGGCACCAAGCUGCUCAUUGGAUUGGUGGGGGACUGCCUGGUGGAGCCAUUCUGGCCUUUGGGCACUGGUGUGGGCAGAGGGUUCCUGGCAGCUUUCGAUGCUGCCUGGAUGGUGAAAAGAUGGGCCUCGGGGAUGCCCCCUUUGGAUGUGCUGGCUGAGAGGGAGAGCAUAUAUCAGCAGCUGUCGCAGACCUCGCCUGACAACACCAACAAGAACAUCAGCCAGUACAGCAUUGAUCCUACCACGCGGUACCCAAACAUCAACCUCCAAGCCAUCAAGGCCUCUCAGGUUCGUAAUCUGUAUGUGACAGGAGAAAUUGAAAUGGAUAUGAAGAAAGGAAGAAGUCGUGGCAGCCCUGAGAUAGUCAGCAAAGAUUCCAACAGAGCCUAUGAGGAGCUGCUUAGCUGGUGUCAAACUAAUACGGCAAAUUAUCGUGGCAUCAAGGUAGAAGACUUCACAGCUUCCUGGAAAAGUGGUCUGGCCCUGUGUGCCCUCAUACAUCACUUCCGGCCAGAUCUUCUAGACGUCAACGCACUGAACCAGAACGACCCCAUUGGGAACAACCAGCUGGCCUUAGACGUGGCAGAGCAAGAGCUAGGGAUCCCUCCAGUCCUCUCCAGCACUGAAAUGGCUUCAAUGUCCGAACCUCAGAGGCUUGGCUUGAUCACCUACCUGAGCCAGUUUUAUGACGCCUUCAAGAACUCUCCAGAACCAGAAGAGGAAAGUUCGAAGCUUCUGUCGACACGUGGUACCAAGGGAGCUAUCCUCUUCCUCAGCAAGCUUCAGAAAAGUCUCUCGCUCUCACGUAAACGUGCCCUGGAGAGCUCUGCAGUGGAUGACCAAACCAAAAAGACCAAGCAAGAGGCUGGGAGCCUUGUCACCUCCUCUGUGAGGAGCAGCGAUGCCUGCUAUUUCUGCGGAGAUCGUGUAUACAUCCUGGAGCGAGUCAGUGCAGAGGGAUGCUUCUUCCACCGCGGCUGUUUCAAGUGUCACCGCUGCAAGACGACACUGCGCCUGGGGGACUACGCCUUCAAUGAAGACGACGGUAAUUUCUAUUGCAUGCUGCACUGUCCUACCUCCAAGGACAUGACUACACCCAGCAGCACAACCUCUGUCAGAGCAGCACAUAAGGAUUCCUCCAAACUCCUCAUUCCUUCAGACAAAGGCAUUCUGGACUUGGCUGCUGAGGACAGUAAGAUGGAAAAAGGUCCAUAUCAACCAAGCCUGGAUGAGAAUCUGUUGUCUUUCAAAGAUCAGCUGCCAACUGGUCAACCUACAGAACUUCAUAAAUCAGUUGCUGAAGGCCACAGCUUACUCCCAACCAGAGUAAAUGGAGGCUCUCGUACUAUGAACUCAUCCUGGCAUCCACAUCGCCAACCAUUAGUGGAGGAGGACAAGAAGUUGGGGGACUCUGUUUCUGAGGCCUGUUUAGCUUCAGAGGUUGUAGACGAAGGCAGAGAUGGAAGCAAGGCCAGUCCCCCCAAAAAGAGACUUGAACCAGAAAAUUGGACUGGCAGCCAGUCCCAAGAAGAGACACGUGACAGCCUGGUGACAGGAAUUCAAGGAACUGAUAGAGAUCCUUUUCUUUCUGGAAAGGUGCCAACUGCUGAGAGCCCCGAACUAGAAAAGAGGGAGUGUGAAAAUAUCCCAAAGAAAAAGAUUUGCUUGUCAGCCCUGGAAAAGCUUGAGUUAUCCAGACUGAGUCCAAUAUCAGCCUCAUUUCACUUUCCAGAUAUGAAAAUAGAAGAACCCAGCUUCAGCACCAUCUCAGAAGAUUCUCUGGAGAUUGACAGUGACAGUGAAGAGGAAGAAGAGGAGGAAGAAACAACGAGCCAAGAUUUUGCAGCAUAUAUUCAUUUCCUGAGCUUAACUGAAGAACCUCAGUAUCCAACGUGGAAGAAGACACUGAUGCGACGAGCCAAAGAGGCGCAAAUGAAAAGGUUUUGCAAAGCGCAGUCAAUCCAGAGGCGGCUGGAAGAGAUUGAGGUGACUUUCCGAGAGCUUGAAGAACAGGGAAUAGAGCUGGAGCGAUCUCUGCGGGAAGAGGGAGGAACAGAAGCUGAACUAAAACAAUGGAUGAACCAGCUGCUUUCCCUGGUCCAAAAGAAGAACAGCCUGAUGUGCGAGGAGUCUGACCUCAUGAUUGCGGUGCAAGAGCUGAAACUAGAGGAACAGCAGUGCCAACUGGAUCAUGAGCUGCGCCAAUACGAUAAUAUGGACGAGACUUCAAAAACCCUAGAAGACCAGCUGAAAGAGAAGGAGAUCCUGUCCCAGCUGCUGGAGGUUGUGAACCAGCGCAGUGCUCUAAUUGAGAUGCAGGAGAACAAGCGUCUCAGCGAGCUUUACGAGCAUGCACCAGCCUUUGGGGACCUUGGGAAGAUUUGAGAGUUGGCUAUAUUGAAGCUUUUGUCUUUGUGCAGAAGCUACAUUUUAACACAAGUUCCGUUUUAACACAUAUCUGCAGAGGACUGUAAUCUUCAACAAAGAUCUGCCCGAGGCAUCCCAGCAAUAAUGAAGGCCAGCUGCCUGGGAUUGAGUCCCUUGCCCCCCCCACACCGCCCUGCAGAUUAGUGUUUGGUAGCUGCUAUUAGGUGUAAGGAGCACAAGCCUGACCUUGAUGCUGCUGCAGCUAUGCGUAUUUUUAAGUAGUAAGACUGUAAAUGCAGCCGUUUUUUAUUUUAUUCUUUUUGCCAAUAAGUGAUUUCAUUAUAGUGUGUCUUAGGAUUGUCCUCCAAAUUCUUCUUUACACUGUAGUAGGGGGCGGUUGG